CCCCGAUAGUCCCAUCCGAGCACCCAUCUUCACUGCCCAGUACUCAGGAAACUUAAAGAAAAGCCUCAAACGAACUCAAAUGAGUGCCAAAUUAAACUUAGACUUGUGUCUGUCUGAUAUGAUCAUUUACACUAACGUUCACAAACAGGGUCGUACUUUCUCGGGGUCAGGAUAGCUUGGAAUUAUCAGCCUAACCUAGCUAUGCAUUCAGAGAAGGCUUUGGCCAAUGACCUAUCUCUGCGCUAGCGUGGGCUCGUGACUUUGCCUAGUCAUCCACUAUCAUCCUAGACUUUUAAAAUAGCUGGACAAAACAGUCAGAUACCCACUCAAACCCCCACGGCCCUACGUUUACCACCGGUCUCAUGGCGACCAUACAAGAGUCAGAGAAACAUGGCAUCAUUAGCUCUCCAUCUUCAAUGACCCACGUGGUCGAGGACGACGAUAAAUUUCUUGUGACUUUCGAGGAAAAUGACACACGAGAUCCCAUGAACUUCUCAUACAAAACAAAGUGGACGAUCACAUUGGUGGCGUGUGCGUUUACUGGGAUAGUUGCUGCAGCAUCGGCCUCCUUUUCUAUGGGCUACCAGUCAAUGAUGCGGGAACUAAACUGCACACAGUUCCAGGCCACUGUCGGAUUGAGCAUGUGGUCAAUCGGAUUUGGCACGGUUCCUCUUAUCACUUCGUCCUUCACGGAAGAGUUUGGUCGCCUGAAUAUAUACAUCGUGUCAUCAUUCGGAUUUAUGCUCACGGAGAUGAUGAUUGCCCUGUCACCGAACAUACAGACCGUCAUGCUUGGACGUCUGCUCGGGGGCGCAUUCGGCUCAACAGGUGCAACCUUAGUAGGCGGCUCGGUCGCCGACAUCUGGAAGCAACAUGAGCGCGGACAACCCAUGGCGUUCUUUACUCUUGUUGCUGUGACCGGAACAGGGCUUGGACCCGUAAUCGCGGGUAUAAUAGAGGUCGACCCCCGACUCGGAUGGAGAUGGAUUCAGUGGAUUCAUGUAAUGUUUACAGGGGCUUAUUUCAUCUCUACUGUGUUACUCAUGAAAGAAACGCGGGCCACCAUAGUUUUGACUCGCCUGGCAAGAAAGAAGCGCAAAGAGACAGGUGAUGAUAGAUACAAAGCAAAAGCAGAAAUGGAAAAGCAAAGCUUGGUGACAUUAAUCAAGAUUUCCUGCACACGACCAAUAUACCUCUUGCUGACGGAGCCUAUCGUACAGAGUUUCAGUGUGUGGAUUGGCUUCACAUGGGGCGUUGUCUUUGCCCUUAUAGAGUCUAUUUCCGCUGAGUUCCAGGCGGUCUAUGGAUUUGACAUCCAGAACACAGGGUUUAUGUUCAGCACCCUCAUACUUGGGAGCUUCGUUGGAUACUUUGCCAACGUAUAUCAAGAGAAGUUAUAUCAAAAACAUUAUCCUCGGAAACGUCAGGAAGCGCGGCUUUACCUCCCUUGUGUUGCAGCAAUCCUCUUGCCAAUUGGGAUGUUCAUCUACGCUUGGACAGCAAGACCGGAAGUACAUUGGAUAGCUCCAGCAAUCGGUCUCACUGUAUUCAUGUCCGGCGCAUUUGUGAUUUACAUGGUGGUCUUCUUGUAUCUCGCAGACUGCUAUGGGACAUACGCAUCGUCAGCCAUUGCAGGUCAGAGCCUAUGUCGCAAUCUUUCCGCAUCAGCCUUUCCUCUAUUUACGACACAAAUGUUUGCUCGCUUGACGCAUCAAUGGGGCCUGACGCUGUUUGGAUGUAUAGGUGCAGCGCUAGUGCCUAUACCAUGGGUACUCUUCUUUUAUGGAUCCAGGAUUCGUUCUCGAAGCAAAGUGUCACAAAGAAUUCUAGAGGAUGAAGAGGACCAAGAAUUGCAAGAAAGGAUAGGGAAGUGACUAGACAUUAACGCAGUACACGAGUAUCGAAGAAUAAGUAUAACAUAGGCCUUGCUGCUAUGUUCGUUUUGCAUUGCCACGACCUUGUACCAGCCGUCAAGCAAUGAUAACUGCAGUGAUAUCAUUGAACCACGGCGAUCCUUUUAGUGCAUAGGAAUACCAUAUCUGAUAUCGAAUGACUGAAGCCUGAUAGUGGCAGCGUGAACUAAAUUGGGUGCACGAGAGGUCAGCGCGCGGGCGGGGUCACGGGUUGCGGUUCUCGAAGGGUGAUUUAUUUGCGCA